GUAGACUGUGAAUUUGUCACAAAUCUGGAAAACGAAAAAGCAACAAGGGCAAAAAAGUGUUGUUAACCGGAGUAAGACUAACCAAACCAUGGUUUGAAAUUCUACCAUUAUACUUUUGGCAUCGGCCCGCCCGCUUUAAUAUAACGAACGCAGAGAGCUCUCUGCUCACGUACGAGUCCCCAAGUUUCACAAACUUUCAUUCCCAGAGCUUUUCAAAGCGCACCCGAAAAAUUAAAAAUAAAAUUAAAAAUUAAAAAUAUCGCCGAAUAUUGGGUGGGGGAUCCUGAUGUUUCGGAAUGAAACUGAACGGAACGGUGGCGGGAGGCAGCGCGGCGGCAACGGCACGACAGAUAAUAAAGUCGUCGUCGCCGUGAAAGCAGAGAAGGUCAUAUCCAGGACCGCAUUAGCUUGGGCUCUCACCCAUGUCGUUCACCCCGGCGAUUGCAUCACGUUGCUGGCCGUUUUCUCCGGCGAGAAAACUGGCCGGAGACUAUGGAAUUUUCCGAUAUUCUCUAGAGAUUGUGGAAGCAAGCGCCAUGAGAGGUUGCCGGAUCGGAUUGGUCAGAUCUCCGAGUCAUGUUCUCAGAUGGUGCUUCAGUUUCACAACCAAAUCGAGGUUACAGUGAGGAUUAAAGUGGUCUUAGGUGCAUCUGGGGAUGCUGUGGCGGCUGAAGCAAAGAGCAGUGGAGCCAACUGGGUCGUACUGGACAAGAAACUGAAGCAACAGCGAAAGCAUUGCAUGGAAGAACUCCGCUGCAACAUUGUCGUGAUGAAGGGCUCUCAGCCAAAAGUAUUGAGGCUCAAUUUAGGAUGCAUAGAUGAACCCCAAACCCCAUUCUUUUCUGCUGCUUCUUCACCGCUGAUGGAUGUUGGCAAGUUGCGAAGCUACAGGAUGAAGCAUUCCACUCCAGCGAGCAGCCCUGAAGAACCAAGUACUUCCUACACAAGAACAACAGGGGAAGGCUCACUGUCAAGUUUUGACAGUGCGACUUCUGUUUUUCUUGUCUACGGUCAGAAUCCUCUCUUUGAAGGAUCGCAGAAAGGAAGUUACAAGUCAAUGGAUGAGCAAAAUGAUUUGGAGGAGUCAUUAUCCACACUUGACUUCAGCAGAGAAAAGCUUAUAACUCUGUCCAAGGCUCCAACAUCAGCUAUGGUCAGUAAUCAGAAUGCCUUUUGUAUUCCGCAGAACCACAUUGUUGAUGGAAAGCCCCCAGUAGCCCCAAACCAUAGAAAUUGCAGCAAAACUAGAUCUUCCAAUUUCAAAGUUCAAUUUGAUGAAAAUGUUAAGCAUGAUCAAGCUACCAGAAAUAGUAGAGUUGCACUCGGCCAAAACUAUAACAAGGAAUACAUUAUUAAUUCAAGCAUCAGGGAUGCUGUCUCUUUGGGAAGACCUUCCUCAGUACCUCCUCCUUUAUGCUCGUUAUGUCAAAACAAAACACCAUUGUUUGGAAAACCUCCAAGACAGUUCUCUUACAGAGAGCUAGAGGAAGCUACAAAAGGAUUCUCAGAGAUGAAUUUCUUGGCAGAAGGUGGUUUUGGUGUGGUUCACAAAGGGGUUUUGAGGGAUGGCCAGGUUGUUGCGGUGAAACAGUUGAGGUUUGGUGGCUCUCAAGCAGAUGCCGACUUCUGUCGCGAAGUGCGAGUUUUGAGCUGUGCACAACACAGGAACGUUGUGUUGCUAAUUGGCUAUUGUAUCGAGCACAAGAUGAGAGUGCUAGUUUAUGAGUACAUAUGCAAUAGUUCUUUGGACUUCCAUUUACACGGAAAUGGAACCUCUCUCGACUGGCAUUCGAGGCUAAAGAUAGCAACAGGAACAGCCCGUGGCUUACGAUAUCUUCACGAAGAUUGUAGAGUUGGUUGUAUAGUGCACAGAGACCUGCGACCCAACAAUAUCCUCCUAACCCAUGAUUUUGAACCUAUGGUUUCGGAUUUUGGGCUAGCUAGGUGGCACUCUGAGUGGGACCUCAGUACAGAGGAUCGAGUCUUUGGGGCUUCAGGGUAUCUUGCACCAGAGUAUGUGGAUGGUGGACAAAUUACACAUAAAGUUGAUGUAUAUGCAUUUGGAGUGGUUUUGCUAGAGCUGAUGACUGGCCAUCGAAUCACUGACUUGCAAAAUGCUAAGGGAAUGCAUUUUUUGGCUGAUUGGUUCCAUCCAUUAGCUACAUUAGAAUCAAACCGCAUCUUACCUAAUAACCUUCAGUUAUUGGAUCCAAUCUUGUCGUCUGAUCAAUCCCCUGAGUUCCUUUUUCAGCUACAGGCAAUGGGCCGUGCUGCUUUCAUGUGUCUAUGUCAAGAUCCAGAUUCAAGACCACAAAUGUCAAAGGUACUGAGAGUGCUUGAAGGAGGAGAUCCGCUUGUUCCUCUGGGCUUAGACCUGAACUCACUUGGUAGUAGGAGUGGCCAUUUGCAUGGUCUGAGCUCACGUGCACAACCUGAGUUGAGAAUAAACCAUUCUCGCAGGCUCUCACAUUGAAAAUUGAUCCUGCUAAAGGGUGAGCAAAUUUUGUUUACAACAAAUAGUUACAUUAGCGAGAAUGGUACCUCCAAAGUAAUCAGUUUCUUGCCCAAUUGCAACUACAGCUCAUCGGAUAGAUACGAAUUUCUGUUGUAUGUUUAUUGUGUAUUCUUGAAUCAUUACAUUCUUUUGUUACACGUAUUAUAUUACACAUAUAAAUAGCCCUUCAGAUAUGUUAUUUAUGUCACAUAGUUACAUGUAUAAUUAACUGACAGAUUUUGUUUA